AUGGAGCCCAACAGCCCCAAAAAAAUACAGUUUGCUGUGCCAGUGUUCCAGAGUCAAAUAGAUCCUGAGGCAGCUGAGCAGAUCAGGAAAAGAAGGCCUACACCAGCAUCGCUCGUCAUCAUGAAUGAACAUGUGCCCCCAGAAAAAGACGAGAAGAGAACAAACCUCUCACAGGCAGAGUCCCAGAACGCCUCUCCCAAGCAGAGGAAGCAGAGCGUCUUCACCCCGCCUGCCCUCAAAGGGAUUAAGCAUCUGAAGAGUCAGAGUGAUUCAGCAUUUCCAGAGGAAGAAGAGGGAGUUAGUGAAAGGGAAGAGGAGUGGGGCCAUUAA